CCCACUCUUGUGCCCACAUGUAGCGUCUGACCAGAUCAAAGCUUGGCUUCGAGGCAGCUCGGAGGCUGUUAUGAACCCACCUCUCUGCUACCCGCGGCCGCGGCUUCUGCUUCCUCGUACCUCUUGACAUCUUCAACCAUACCACACAGCUCACCCUCGAUCAAUCGACGGGUCCACAGACCGUCCAUCACCGGACACCUCGUUUAUAACUGCAUACAAGCAGGCGGAAGUUGCAGCAUGACGUCCCCACCGCUCAUUAAAGAGGAGCAGACUUCAUCAGAUGAGUCGCAGAUCCAACAACAAUCGAAGACGCGGCGUCCGAAGACCCGAGCAUCGGUUGCUUGCACAUCGUGUCGCGACCGGCGCAUUCGCUGCGUCGUACCUUCUGGAAAGAAGAGGUGUAUUCAAUGCGAACGCUCAGGCACACCUUGCGUUAUUAGAGAUGACGACGAAAGACGGAGGCCCAUCUCACGUGCGUAUGUAUACUCACUUGUAGAGAGGAUCGCUCUCCUCGAAAGCGUGCUCGAAGAACAGGGCCUAAUAGUGCCCCCCGCGAGCCAUCCACCAGAGACACGCCACCGUACUUGUCGAAGCAAAGAUACCUCGUCACUCGACCAUACAUCGUUAUCAUCAUCAACACCCCAGGAAAGCUCAGUUUCUGAGAGUCACACAGCAUCGUCGCCCUACAGCUCCGAUGGCCAGCUCAAAGACGAGCAUUUCGUCACGACGUCAAGGGAACGAUCGUCAAUACACCUCGAAACCAACUUUGCAAACGAAAAGAUGAAUCAACAUGUUAGACAUGACAGUUUCAUAGUGCCGGGAGACAUUGGGCUCGAACCGACCAUGCAAAAUCCUAUCGAUACGGUCACAGGCCUGAACGAGCCAUGCGACCUUAGUCUGUUCGCGAUGUUACCACCUCCGGAUCCGACUUGUCUAUGGCCAACAGCACAGAGCCAUACUGGCGGCCAGACGAUGGCACAUUCAAUCCUACAAUGUACACGGAUUCACAAUUGCACAUACAGUGCAUGGAGUGACAGAGCACUCGAUUUUCAGAGCUACGGCCAUUACUCAGUAGAAGGAGGCUCUUCAUAUCACAAUCGUCAACACCCGGGCAUCAGUCCAAGGGUGGGAAGCACCACGAAUCUGGACUUCAUGCCCCUCAGUGCGAGUAGCUAGUCCGAGUGCAAGUCCACACUCUCGAAUAGCAAAAUGGGGGCCAAAACAGCAACAUACUUGUAGUCUCUAUUAGACCAAUCCGGUCGCGAGACACCUGCAGAAAAUAACUCACUACCAUCAUACUCAGAAGGGCACAAGGCCUACAGCAGAAUUGCUGUGCUU